GUCGGCAGCAGGGCAUGUGCGUUUAGACGUGCAUGUAUUGGUAUGUGCGUUCGUGUCUUUGCAUCCUGGUGUGACUUGGGUGUCUCACGUUCAACAAAGUCUUUGUGAAUAUGAAUAUAUCAGAGAAGAAAAGUAGUGUCAGGGGCCAUCUUUUAGCCCCCCCCAACCCCCACCCCCACAUUAUAUACGUGUGAGUAGGUUGUGCGAACAGUACAUUUUGUUAAAUUGGGAAACCUGAGAAUUUCCGCCACUGAAGGAGCGGAGCUUGAAAAGGGCGAUGGCGACAUACAUACUGACCACUUCUUUCAGUCCUCUGAGGUCUGAGCUGGAUGAGACCCCUCCGCCACAGAAGCACAGACAUGUUGGCACUGCUACUGACUGUUGUGACCUUCACACUAGCUGAUGGACGGACCAUCUUACCCCCCCUACCCAUGAAUGACGGGUGCUACCAGGUGGAGUCCGAGCUGGAGCUAUUCAGAGUGGAGAGUGAGCCCAUGAUCCUCUCUUUCCCCAUCUUCCAGAGUGUCCUAGAGGUUCGAAAAAUUGCCCCCCGAACAGCCAAAUAUCUCAUUGUCAGAGCCAACAGCUCAGCUGAGUCUGAGCACGCUGGGCGGGUUCAAAGGCAUGACCAGCAGCUGUGGCUCCUCCCAGCUCUGGCCUCUGACUCUGGAGUGUACACCUGCACCUACAGAAAUGAAAGCUACUGCGUCACCGGAAACAUCACAGUGCAUGUGUACCAGACAGCCUCUGCAUCUGUGGACAAACUGUUGUAUCCAAUCCAAGUCAUGGUGGGAGAUAAGCAGACGCUAAGAUGUCCCUCAGUGGGUCCCUUCAACAGGACGGAGCAGCCGACCCAGUGGUCAAGUAACUCUCCUGCUCGGCACCGACUGAGCUCCUUCUACCAUCGCAGAGGGAACCUGCUUAUCCCUGCGGUGAAGACCUCGGAUGCAGGUCUCUACAGCUGCCGGGUUCAAGUGAUAAUCAGUGCCCGGCGAUACAACGUCAGCCGGAUCAUUCUGCUACAUGUGGAAGAGCCAGAGCCAACAUCAAGCAGCGCCCUUCCUGACCCAUCUGGAACCACCGUCAAGCCUCACAAACCUUCUGUGACACCCCCAGUGAUUAUUUCACCUCAAAACGGAACUCAGUUUGAGGGUUCCCAUGGCUCCGGCCUGGAACUUUUCUGCCAAGUAGAUACUGGAUGUCAGCAGGUGGAUUCUACGGAGGUCACAUGGUUUGUCAAUGGCCAAUCAGUGGAGUCAUCUUACCUGGACGGGCGAGCUCUGGAGGGACGCAGGGUGACGUGGCUAUCUGACCGCUGCCGGAUUGAAAUGAGGCUGAUCAUCGUCGCCUUGUCAGAUGCAGACAUGAACACAGAGCUGAAGUGUGUGGCCCAGAAUCCAGCAGGAAAACAGGAAGUUGUCAUGCAGCUGAAUUUGCAUGACUCCAUUGUCACAUGGGUGGUCGUUGCUACGGUUGCCACAUCCAUUUUCCUGAGUGUCGUCUCCAUCUUCUUCUAUAUCCUCUUCAAACCCAUGCGAAAGAAGAAAACGGAUUACUUCCUUGCCAGGCAAAAUAGUGUCUUCUAGACCUGCAAAUGCUUCAGCAAACAACCUUUUCUUACCCAAGUUGAACAAUGUCAUCAUAUUUUCUUAUAUUACAUCCGCACACUUUUUUCUGCUAUACAGGUAUUCGACAACAAAAGAUUUAUAUAGCUUAAAAUGCAUUGUAUGUGUACGAGUAUUCAAGCCGAUGUCGGACCAAUGCCUGACCCCUAGAUUUUAUAUAAUUUACAUCUGUGUGAGAUUGUGACAGGGGCCUUCCUCUCAUAAUUUCAUAUGGAAAUAUUUGAUAAGAUGUCGUUUGAUGAAUAAAAAAAG